AAAAAAGGAAGUUGGAAUUUCCAAUAACAUUUCCAUUGGCUUGGUGAUGUACCAGGCUGUGCAGGAGCCACUGGUGAAGGAAUAUAAAAGUGAAGAGGGGUCCUCGAGAGACUGGAGUAAUGUUGAGGAAAGAGAGAAUUCCACACUAAACAUGUUUGGAAUAAAAGAUAAAAGCACGGGCAUUAAGGAAGAGGGCUGUGAAUGGGGGGCUUUUAGAUUUAAAGAAGAUUCUCAGCAGAUGUAUGAAUGCAAUGGCAUGCAGAAUCUUGGGAGUGUAAUCAGCAUGAAGACAGAAGACCUUAAAUCAGAGUCUGUCUCUCAGGACUUGAGUCCAAAUGAGGAGGUAACAGGAUUAGCCUCCACUCUGAGUAGACCUGGUUUCCUACAGGAUCAGUCUUUACAUGUGAAGAUAGAACCACUGAUCCGGGACAUGAUUGAGAUGGCCUCGUCUUCAAGACCCCCUGCAGAAGACCCCCCAUUACUGCCGCAAGCAGCACUCCUGAACACUGGUACCCAACUGGAACAGCAGCACAAUGCUUUUCGCACAACUCUGAGAGACAAGGAUAUGACAGCAAGCCAUCCUAAUCAUUCAAGCAAAAUGAAUGCCAAGAAGGCUUUGGAAAUGUUACAGAACAUGGACUAUGCUGACUCUGAUGGGGGGCCAGACAUCGACUUUGAACUGGACAGUGACGCGUCAUCUGAUUCAGAGUCUGAAUCUGACCUGGAGUGUGCUUCAGAGCCAGCACCAGAGGCUGAUGCAGUGACAUCCCAACCUCCUCGCCACAAAAGGGCUCGAAUGGAGACCCUCGAACCGGUAUCAAUUUCCUCAGGGAGAAAGGAGAAGGCACGAGAUGGCACAGUGUGGACACUGCAAGUGGUAGGCGAAGAGUCCCGUGUUCGAAGGCGGCCCGCUCACUAUGUUUUCACAGACACCGCAGGCCCAACAAAGCAUGCAAAAGAGAGAAUUAGCAGUCGUCUUGACAGUUUCCUUUGCUUGUGUGACGUGAAGAUGCUGACACACAUCAGAGAUUGCACUGUAGCUGAAGCCCAAAAGACUGAUACUGCAUGGGACUUGACUGUAGAUGAGCUGAUGGCAUUCAUUGCUCUUUCGUAUCUACGUGGUGUAUAUGGUGGGAAAAACAUGGACAUGGAGAGCUACUGGUCAGAGAAGUUUGGGAUUACAUUUUUUAAGGAAACCAUGUCACGAAACCGCUACCGCCAGAUUAUGAAAUUUCUCCGAUUUGACAACAGGGAGACGCGGCAAGAGCGUCUGCGGAAUGACAAAUUUGCUGCGAUAUCAGACACUUGGCAUAAUUUUGUACAGAACUGCAUCAAGUGUUACAAACCUGGGCAGAACAUAACCAUUGAUGAGCAGUUCUUCCCCACAAAAUGUCGAUGUCCCUUCACUCAGUUCAUGUCAAGCAAACCCGACAAGUUUGGCAUCAAAUUCUGGAUGGCCACCGAUUUAAGCAGCAAGUAUAUGCUAAAUGCUAUUCCCUAUUUAGGGAGAGAUGGCACCCGAAAACCAGGGGAGAGACCGUCGGAGACUGUGGCAUUGCGACUUGUUGAGCCUUUCAUAGGCAAAGGGAGAAAUGUCACUGUUGCCAGUCGUUUCACAUCACUCUCUCUGGCCAACAAGUUACUUGCCAAAAAGAUGAGCCUGCUUGGUAGCAUGAACAAAAAGAGGCAGGAAGUGCCGCCCUCCAUCAAAGGUAAUACACCAAGAGAACCAUUUUUGACGACUGUGAUGGCAACAGGAAAAGCUACGCUUACUGUCUAUACGUACAAGCCGAAGAAGUGCGUCUGUGUUCUGAGUACUAUGCAUGCCGCUGUCCGCAUCAGCUCCGACAGAAAGAAGAAACCAGACACUCUGAUGGACUACAAUCGCACUAAGGUUGGUGUAGAUGUGCUAGACCAAAUGGCAAAGCUGUACACGGUGAAAGGAGGCAGUCAUAGGUGGCCCGUUGCUGUAUUUUAUAACCUGCUUGACUUGGCUGCAAUCAACGCCCAUAUUCUAUAUGAGCAAUGCAUGGGUAAGAGAGAAGGCAGGAGGCAGUUCAUCAUGGAUCUGGCUUGGGAGCUGCGCGAGAAGCACAUGGCAGCCAAGGAGGCCGCAGCAUCCACUGAGAAAGCUGCUCGCAUCGCCGCAACCCUUCUGGUCCCUCUUCCUCCUGGCAAAACGACGCAGUGCCAGGUGAGAAGAUGCAAACGCAACAAAGCAAAGGAGAACUGCGUAAAGUGCCGCCGGUUUGUGUGCGGGAGCUGCUCACGAAAGGCUCCAAGAAUCUGUGCGGACUGUUGAUACGGACUGUCUUGUGAUCAGCCGACAUGUUGCCAGUUACAAAUGUUUUUAUAAAUAUGCCAUGAAAAAAAUGUACAUU